UAGCAGUGUACUGAGAUGGAUCCCAUCCUGGAGGAGGUCCUGAGUGGGGCCAACACUACUGGAGGCCCCUCCCUGAACCACAGCAACAACCCCCUGGACGUGUUCUCUGGCAUGCAGCUGCUGCUGCGCUUCAAGCCCCUCUUCCUGCCCCUCUACUGCCUUCUGGUGGCCGUGGCCGGCAUAGGCAACUCCAUCCUGCUGGCCUGUAUCCUGGCCGACAAGAAGCUCCACAAUGCCACCAACUUCUUCAUCGGUAACCUGGCGGCCGGCGACCUGCUGAUGUGUCUGACCUGUGUCCCUCUGACCGCCUCGUACGCCUUCGACAGCCGCGGCUGGGCCUUCGGACGCCCUCUCUGCCACCUGGUGCCGCUGCUGCAGGCCGCCACCGUCUUCGCCUCGGUGCUGUCCCUCACGGCCAUCGCCGUGGACCGCUACGUGGUGGUGGCCCACCCAGUGAGGAGGAGGAUCUCUGUCGAGGGCUGUGGCGCGGUGGCUCUGGGGGUGUGGGGGUUGUCUCUGGCCCUGGCUGCCCCUCCCUCCCUCCACACGCGCUACCUGGACCUGAGGCCCCGUGGGGUGGAGCUGGUGGUGUGUGAGGAGUUCUGGCCAAGCUCUGGCCAGCUCAGGCUGCUCUACUCCUGCUGUAUCCUGGUAGCCUCCUACAUGAUCCCUCUGCUGUCAGUCAGCGUAUCCUACUGUGCCAUCACAGUGCACCUGAGACGCCACACGCUGCCCGGAGAGCCCUCACACUGCCAGCAGCGCUGGAGCCAGAGGAGGAGGAAAACCUUCUCUCUCCUGGUGGCCUCUGUGCUUGCCUUUGCCCUCUGCUGGCUUCCCCUGCAGGUGCUGAACCUGCUGCUGGACCUGGACCCAGACUACCACAUUGUGGACAAGCGCUAUGUCAAUGUGCUGCAGGUGUGCUGCCACCUGGUGGCCAUGAGCUCCGCCUGCUACAACCCCUUCAUCUACGCCUCCCUGCACAGUAAGGUCUGGCUGCACCUCAAGGGCUACCUGUGCCCUUACUGCCGCCAGGAGCCCCCAGGGGGCCAGCUCCUCUCCCGCUCCACCUCCCGGAACCCGGCCACCUGCCUCAGCCUGCUCUCUGAGGUCUCCGCCCCCGCCAAGGAGACCCCGGGAGCCGUCGGUCCUGAGUCCGACCCCACCAAUGACAGCACCCUCUGA